ACGCGCCGCCGUUCUCGUUCUCGUUCGUUCGCCGAGUCUUGCUUGCGGCUUUUGCAGCCUUUGCAGGUUCGUCUUUCGCCCUCCGUGCGUCCGUCCGAGAGUGCAGAAGGAGGCGGGUAGGCAACCCUCAGCACGCCAUGGGUCCUUCGGCGGUGCUCGUCACCCUGGCCGUCGUCCUCCUCGUGCGACCGGCCGCCGCAGACAUCAACUGCUACCAGUGCAGCAGCACUGACCAUGAAGACCCGUACCUUUGUCCGGAGACGUUCAACGACGAGGGCGACCCUGACGGUUACCUUCCGCCGGCGCAGUCGUGCAGCCAGGUGCACGGCGCCAGCUACUGCAUCAAGCAGACCGGCAGAUUCGAAGGUGGCCUUGGCACAAAACGCUUCUGCUCGGCCCUGGACCUGGGCAACUACUGCAACUACGUUCGCCAACCUGGUGACGACAAAGAGUAUCGCUCCUGCGUCUUCACCUGCAGCAGCGACGGUUGCAACCCUGGCGCCAGGACGCUUCCCCUGGCCCCGUUGCUGCUGCUGCCAAUUCUGCCCCUUGUCUGGCGCCCCUAAAUACUUUCAAAACCCCAUGAUCUACUCCAGAGGCUCAUUUAACUAAAAAUUCCUCACUCAGGUAGAUUCUAUGAAUCUCAAAUUAAACGAGAUGGCAACAUUUAAGCAUUAAAAAUCGCUUCCAUCAAAAAACAAACUUGCUGCGUUUCAGAAAAAUUAUUUUUGAAAAAAAAAAUCAACACCUAAUAAUUAAUUUUGGGAUCUAAAAUUUGACAAUUUGAUCCAAAACUAUUUUUAAGUCUUUCAAUUUUACUUAAAGAACUAUCAGGAUCUGCAGUACUGAACUUGCUUUUAAAAAAAGUUUCCGACCCCUGUAGGCUGUCUUCAUAUGAAUUCGUCUAUACAUUUGCAUAAUAUUCUCUGAACCGUCUCUGCCUCGUGAUUUCAAUUCAAACCACAUAAACAAGUUUUGAGUCUCGGAGUGAGAGGGUGCGAAUCAGCGCUGGUGCGGCAAUUGUGUUGGUGCAAGUGGCGGACAGAUGGUGCUUCGGUGCGCAACGGGGGGAAAGCAGCGGCAACCCGCAUGGGCCGAGCGCCGCGCUGGCUGCAUAAACUGCUGCCCCCGUUUCGCAGCCCGCAUGUGAAAAUACGGGCGAUAACAAACAUGAUUUUAUAAUUAAGCGUUGCUUCGCAGUAGAACGAAAGAAAGAAGAUGAAUCUUCACACUUGUUUAAUUCCCUAGGUUUGAAUGAUAUUUUAGAGCGUUUUGUAUUUUCCAAAAAUGUGCAAGAGUUAAAAUAAAAAAGUGGUAAUCUUGUUUGAUUUUGUAA